AUGCUUGUAGCUCGUUCUGCGUCCCGGCUAUUACUACGACCCGAAUUGAAGCUUCAGGGCUUAGCACUGGGCACAGGACUGAACGCCCCUUUUCUUGCGCAACAACGCGUACCACUGCCAUACUUUCAUAAGAUUAUUGCCACCUUUCCACGAGGCAUGAAGCGGGCUAGUAAGCCGAAGGUAAGAGAGAAGCUACCUGACUACUGUGAUGCCGAACCACAGAGGGACGAUGCUGGGGUCAUGAUUUGGCCAGCCCCAAGUCUGGCGAUCGAGGCGGCUCGAACCUUUAUCAAAGAAUGUGCCACGAGCGGUAAGAAAACUCUCAUAGUGCCAGACAAGGAUGCAGAUGGACUCUCGUCAGGAGUUAUCAUGUAUCGAACACUGGUGACCUUAGGUUUGGAUCCUGCUAUGAUCGAGGUACAUCUUGUGCAGAAGGGGACAAAUAUCCAUACCGAAUCUGAGCGUCAGUCUAUGGGUGCGAAAGACCCGGGAUACAUCAUUGUGCUCGACCAAGGCUCAGUGGGUGCUCCACCCGUGGUUGAGAACCAAUCGACGAAAUCUCUCAUUAUUGACCAUCAUCUGAGUGAUCUCUUCCCGGAAAAUGCUCAAGUCGUCUCAGCGUGCCAUUAUCCACCUGUUGCUACGAGCUCCUUACUCACCUACGAAAUCUGCAAACCACUCUCCAAGGAGAUUGCGACUGGGUGUGCAUAUCUUGCUUGCAUUGGCACACACGGCGAUCUUGGAAAUACAUUGAAAUGGAAUCCACCAUUUCCAGACAUGACCGAGACAUUCAAGACAUACACCAAGAAAUCUAUAAAUGAUGCAGUCUCACUUCUCAAUGCAGUUCGGCGGACUGCCAAAUAUGAUGUUGUAACGGCUUGGGAUGCGCUACUGAACUCUACGGACCCGAAAGAGCUGUUGAGCAAUGGCCGACUUCAAAGUGCCAGGGCGGAGAUCAACAACGAAGUUGAGCUGAACACCCAUACGCCUCCUAAAUUUAGCGCCGACGGAAGAAUUGCUGUACUCCGAAUCAAUACGGCAGCACAGGUCCACCCGGUCAUUGCAACUCGAUGGGCAGGAUAUCUCAACUCGAAAGCGCUCGAAAUUGUUGUCUGUGCCAACUCGGGUUAUCUUCCGGGAAUGGUCAAUUUCUCAUGUCGAAUCGCCAGGUGUGCAAGGUCGAAAGAGCCGCUAGUAAAUAUCAUUGAGAGCUUGAAGGCCGCAGCUGACCUCUCCACCGACGGCCUGAGAGAAAGACUGGGUGAGAGCUUCGCCCGUGGACACAAAGAAGCCAGUGGAGGGGUCGUGCCGAUGGAGGCAUUUGAAGAAUUGAUGAAACUCCUCAAGGUUGGCGAGAAGGCUGAGAAAAAGGAGAACGGCGACCAACCAAAGACGAAAAAGUUGAAAACUAUUGACAAGAGUCCACAGAAGAAUAAAAUCGCCAGCUAUUUUUCGAAGACUUGA